AUGGCUGAGCCACGAUCUUCUUUCAAUAUGAAGCCUGAUGUUGAUGCCGUGGAGAAUGUCCUCAAGGAUCCUCAUCACGAGUCGCACGAUGCAUCUGGUACUGUCAACUUGUAUCAGGAUGGCACCGUUGUUUUGAUUCCGACACCGAGUCCUGAUCCCAAAGAUCCUCUGAACUUGCCUGUUUGGCGAAAGUAUAUGAUCAUCCUCAUCGUCGGCUUUUACUCCGGUAUAUCAGUUCUCGGUACAUCCGGUCUCGGUGCUGUAACUCCCGAACUACACCAGAUAUACCACAAUGACGACCCGAAACGCAUCACCGAUCUACUCACCUACCCAACCCUCUUCAUGGGUAUUGGCAACCUGUUUUCCAUGCCACUAGCCAACGCCGUCGGUCGCCGCCCUAUUUUUCUCUUCUCCGUCCUCCUCUUGACAGUAUCUGGUAUUUGGUGUGCGUGCUCAACGUCUCUCUCAAGUCACAUUGCCGGUCGAAACAUUUUUAGUUUGGCUGCAGGACAGAGUGAAGCUCUUGCGCCUUUGAUCGUGCAAGAAGUCCACUUCCUUCAUCAACACGGUGUCAAGCUGUCCUACUUUGUCGGUGUGCAAAAUACCCUGACUGCCGCUCUCUUUACUGCGACUACGUACAUUGUUCCCACUAUUGGACUGCCUUGGUGGUAUGGUAUCAUGACCAUUAUCAACGGAUGCACUAUGAUAGUGUCAUUUUUCUUCUUGGCCGAGACACGCUUCGAUCGUCCUGAAGACGCCUCUGAGGGAGCUGUUCAUCUGAGACUGGACAAGAACGGUGACGUUGCUCGGGAAGGCACCAACGAAGUCUUAUUCCAAGUCACCACUCGCCAAGGCGUCGUCCUCCAGCCGGAGAAGUUUGGCGAGAGAACCUUCCGCGAUGAUAUCCGUCUCUUCCACGGCAAAUUCGACUGGAUGAGUGCUCUUCACUUCUACAAGGAUGUUGCCCAGUCUCUCAUUCUACCGCCCAUUCUUUGGAUCUUCAUUCUCAACGGUGCUUUCUUGGGUCUUUACAUUUACCAGGCAUCCACCUUUGCACAGAUCCUUGUGAUGCCACCUUAUGGUUUCAGUCCAGAGCUUCUUGGCUGGGUGCAGCUUGUCCAGAUUGUGGACUGUCUUAUUGCUGUGCCUAUUCUUGGUUACGGUUCUGAUGUGAUCUGCAAGUUUAUGAGUCGUCGAAAUGGCGGCGUCUUUGAGCCCGAAUACCGUCUACUCACCCUCAUCAUCCCAGCUGCUGCUGCUAUCAUUUCGGCCAUCUUCUACGGUCGUGCAGCAGCCAACCCCAAUGACUACCGCUGGAUUGCUAUCGUGGCCUGCUACCAUCUUGGCUUCUUUGCCUUCCUUGGAGCAAACUUGGUCGGUAUUACUUUCGUUAUGGACAGUUACCCCAAUAAGUCUGGACCUCUGCUCCUCGUUGUCUGUGCCGGUAGAGGCUUUGUCUCGUUUGGCUUGAGUUAUGCCACUGUCCCUUCGAUUGAGUCUCUGGGCUAUGAUGGGGCCAUGAACAUUCUGGCCAUCAUUUGUGGUGUAUUGAGUGGUCUGGGAAUAGUCAUGUACUUCAUUGGAAAGCGCGUUCGCGAAUGGGCUCGAAGGACUAUCUGGCCCAAGGCUCACGAGGAAUAA